ACGCCCUUCUGCUCCGCACUAAUCCCCACCAGCCCUGGGUUCCCACAGCUCAGGUCACGUGGGCUGCCCAGCGGUGUUCAUUGGCCAGCUCGACGCUCGCGCGGACGCCGCUGCCCUCGUCCUCCACCGAACCCGGCCAAUGGCGGAGCGACCGAGGCCCCGCCACCUGUCCGCGGCGAGGGCGGGCGGCGGCGCGGAGGCGUCGCACUCCAUGGUAACGACGCCGGCCCGAAGAUGGCGGCCGCUGGGGCUGGAAGAGCGGGCGGCGCGGGUGCAGGGCCGCGGGGCCGCUGGGGCGGCUGCCUGUGGGUGCGAGGUGUUCUGCUCGUGCUGGGCGGGCUCCCGGCCGGCGCCGCGGCUGCUCCCAUAUCCCUGAGCACUUCGCCUCCGUGUCGGCAUCACGUCCCUUCUGACACUGAGGUCAUAAAUAAGGUUCAUCUCAAGACAAAUCAUGUCGUAAAGAGAGAUGCUGAUGGGCAUUUACGAAUCAAGACUAUCUACGAUCAGAGUAUUGAAGAGCUGCUCCCUGAGAAAAGAUAUCUUGUAAAGAACAAACUUUUCCCACAAGCUAUUUCUUACUUAGAGAGAACAUUUCAGGUUCGUUGGCCUGCUGGCAGGAUCUUACUCAGCAGACAAUGUGCAACAAACCAGUACCUACGGAAAGAAAAUGAUCCACACAGAUACUGUACUGGGGAGUGUGCAGUGCAUACCAAGUGUGGCCCAGUUAUAGUGCCCGAGGAGCAUCUCCAGCAAUGCAGGGUCUGCAGAGAGGGUAAGUGGCCCUGCGGAGCAGUGGGUGUGCUAGACCAAGAGGGUGUCCAGGAUGCAGACUUCAUUCUCUAUGUUGGUGCUCUGGCCACUGAGAGAUGCAGCCAUGAAAACAUCAUCUCUUAUGCAGCUUAUUGUCAGCAGGAGGCGAAAAUGGACAGGCCAAUAGCAGGAUAUGCUAACCUGUGUCCAAAUAUGAUCUCCACCCAACCACAAGAGUUUAUUGGGAUGUUGUCCACAGUGAAGCAUGAGAUCAUUCAUGCCCUGGGUUUCUCUGCUGGACUUUUUGCAUUCUACCAUGAUCAAGAUGGAACUCCCCUGACGUCACGGUCUGCAGAUGGACUCCCACCUUUUAACUAUAGUCUUGGAUUGUAUCAGUGGAGUGAUAAAGUAGUUCGAAAAGUGGAGAGAUUGUGGAAUGUGCGAAAUAAUAAGAUAGUUCGCCACACUGUGUAUCUCCUAGUAACUCCUCGUGUUGUUGAAGAAGCGCGGAGGCAUUUCAACUGUCCAGUUCUAGAGGGGAUGGAGCUUGAAAAUCAAGGCGGGAUGGGCACUGAGCUCAACCACUGGGAGAAGCGGUUGCUGGAGAAUGAAGCAAUGACUGGUUCUCACACCCAGAACCGAGUCCUCUCUCGAAUCACUCUGGCAUUAAUGGAGGACACUGGCUGGUACAAAGCAAAUUACAGCAUGGCAGAGAAACUCGACUGGGGCCGAGGAAUGGGCUGUGAAUUUGUCAGGAAGAGCUGUAAAUUCUGGAUCGAUCAGCAGAGGCAAAAGAGGCAGGUGCCAAGCCCGUACUGUGACACACUCAGGAGUAACCCACUGCAGUUGACUUGCAGACAGGACCAGAGAGCCGUGGCUGUGUGUAACCUGCAGAGGUUUCCUAACCCUUUACCACCAGAGUACCAGUACUUUGACGAGCUCAGUGGAAUAUCUGCAGAGGAUUUACCUCACUAUGGUGGGUCAGUAGAAAUUGCUGACUACUGCCCUUUCAGUCAGGAAUUCAGCUGGCAUUUAAGUGGUGAAUACCAGCGUAGCUCCGACUGUAGAAUACUGGAAAAUCAACCAGAAAUGUUUAAAAACUACGGUGCUGAGAAGUAUGGCCCUCACUCGGUCUGUCUGCUUCAGAAAUCAGCCUUUGUCAUGGAACAGUGUGAGAGAAAGCUCAGUUACCCAGACUGGGGGAGUGGAUGCUACCAGGUUUCCUGUUCCCCUCAAGGUCUGAAGGUUUGGGUUCAAGAUACUUCAUAUCUGUGCAGCCGGGCUGGGCAGGUGCUGCCUGUCCGCAUUCAGAUGAACGGCUGGAUUCACAAUGGAAACCUUCUGUGCCCUUCCUGCUGGGACUUCUGUGAGCAGUGUCCACCAGAAACCGACCCUCCAGCUGCUAACCUGACCCGAGUCCUUCCUUUGGACCUCUGCUCCUGCUCUUCUAGCCUGGUGGUCACGCUUUGGCUCCUCGUAGGCAACCUGUUUCCUCUGCUGGCUGGAUUUCUUCUGUGUGUGUGGCACUAGGAAUGGAAAAGUGAAUUCUCAAGACGACAGUUUUGGCGUGUUCCCAUGAACAAAGCACAAAACCUGGUGGAGUGCCAGCCCAUGCGACGACGCAGAUGGCAGAAGUGGCGUUCCUGACUCUGGCUUGGAAGUGCUGGCUGAGCAGGACUGUGAAGCAUCUCAGCUCCACAGCAUCCACUCCUCAUCAGCCACACAGCCACCUCGGAGCUUGGAGAGGCUCAGGCCCCUUAGUUUAUGGAUAUGCAGUCUUCUGGCAGUGAGCUCUCCCUUGAAUGCAGGGCGGAUGUGGGGAUUGUCAUGGUCACAUACCUCAGUGUUUGCGUUAACUGAAGAAGUUCCUGUGCACUAAGAUCACUCACAGAGCGGCUACUGACCACUCUAGGUUGAAGAGCCCGUCCUCCAAGUCCAAAAAUGGUCAUUGGGAUUUCUGAUUUCCUGUCAACAUUGCACGUGUUUUAAAUGAACACCUGGACAUGAUACACUCAAGUCAUCCUGCUGCCCGCCAGUUCAAUGUUGCUCUAGCUUCUGACUUGACCAUGUUCCUGCCAGCUGUGUGGCCCGUUCAUGACUGAGCUGUCACCAUUGCCAGCUGUGUGGCCCGUUCAUGACUGAGCUGUCACCAUUGUGUUGUCAGCUCUGAGCUGUCCUCAUCUGAGUCAGUGUCCACUUGCAUUUCUCAUUAAUUUCAUAGCAACUUGAAAACCGGUGGGAGAGUGUGAAGUCCAGUGCACAGUAGGAGCAUUGGAAUCGUGCAAACAGAAGACAGCAUGGCUGUGUGCUUCAGGUGAUACUUAGAUCAACUGUAAUCCACUAAAACCCAACUGAUCCUUUCUGGCUAUGUAAAUUCUAGGAGUUCAGACAUGCAGUUACUUCCAAGUGGACAGAGCUGUUACAGAAGAA